GAGAAUGGAUAUAAGAACAGAGACGUUUUUGUAUUUCCCACAAACAAAAUAUGACGCUUUGGAUGCCCCCAGCGCCAAAAAGGGGAAAAGGGGGAAAGGGAACGACUGAUACGGGGUCUGCUGAGCAUAUAAAAGUUAACCAGGCGUUCUCCUUUGUUGGGAACCCGAGAAGGGGAAAGAAGGGAUGAUUUCAGGUUUUGAGGCCAGAUUCUGACAUUUUCGCGCUGACAGCCAGACCGCCGCUGCUGGUUCUCGCCUAAAUUGCAGCCAGCAGGGAGGCCAGAGUUAAAAGUAUCGGUGCAACAACUACAUUACUGAUUCUCAAAGGAAGCUCAGGAACCCGGUCAAAAAAAAAAAAAAAGCGAAAUCCCUCAAGCCCCCCGCCCCUGGGGAAAAGGCGCUCAGCGAUUGGGCCGCGCGGGUGUCACUCAAGGGCACAAAGUCUAGAAAAGGCAUACGGACAGUGGCAAAGCCCCCACACGCCCGCGGGCUCCGGUGGGGUGAUGUGGCCUGACCGUUGUCUUCCCCUGCCCUAACCCAUCAGAACACUCAGGGGUCCGCUGGCUCGGUGUCCUCGACGUCGCGCCCCCUGUCCCCUGCGACUGGCAGCUCCCCGCAGGCCGGCGGCCACUUACCUGGCCGCCGCUCCCACUGCGGAUGUCAGCGUCGGGCGCUCGGCCUCUCGUGACCGUUAAACUCGAGGGAGCGUGCGCGCGCCCGGCGUCUUGGUCGCGAUUGGUUGCUUGGAAGGGGGCGGAGACGGCCGUGCAGCGGCGCGCGCUUCGGCUUACCCCUUCCUGUCCCCCAGCUCCCACCAGAGACGGAGGUCAGCCGCCAGGGAAACGAGAGGGGCGGGGCAGCUGUCAAGUCCUCUCCUCUGAUUGGCUCUCUGGGAACCUACGGUAGCUACGCGGGAAAGACUACUUAGCUUCUCGCAUGCGCAAUAGGUGGUAUAACUUCCAUUUUACAGAUUUGGAAACAUGGCCAGAGCUGUGCGGUCCUGAGAGCCCCUUGCCAUGAGUACCUCGGGUCUGUUCCGUUUUCCCGCCCCACUGACCAGAGUGUGCCCGGUGCCCUGGGGACUCCGGCUCUGCGAGAAGCUGCUGCUCCUUUCCCCAGGAACGGUGGCCACUCUGGUGCAGGCAGCUGGCAAGAAGGACCGCCCUGCGCUGCUCUCCCUGGAUGAGCAUGAGCUUGAAGAGCAGUUCGUGAAAGGCCACGGUCCAGGGGGCCAGGCAACCAACAAGACCAGCAACUGCGUGGUGCUGAGACACGUGCCCUCGGGCAUUGUCGUCAAGUGCCACCAGACCAGAUCCGUUGACCAAAACAGAAAGCUAGCUCGGAGAAUCCUGCAAGAGAAAGUGGACGUCUUCUACAAUGGCGAAAACAGUCUCGUUUGCAGAGAAAAACGCGAGGCAGAGAAGAGAAAGCAAGAAAGAAAAAAAAGAGCAAAGGAAACCCUCGAGAAAAAGAAACUCUUGAAAGAACAAUGGGAAUCCAGUAAAAAUGUGCCCAGAGAGGACUGCAGGUUCUGACUGAAGGAACCAGCCGAUUGGCCUCCAGGGUGGCAGCUUUCAGAGUGUAUGUGUGCCGGGCCCCAGAGACAGCCAAGUCUCUAAACGGCAGACGGACUGUCACGAAUAGAGAUGCAGACUCUGAGAAUAAAACUAUAUAGAAACCCAA